AUGAAGCAGUUCCUACAGAAACAGUUCUCAGAGUUGGAGAACAUUUUCAGAGAGGAGAAAAAUAAUGAGCACGGCAUCGUCUACAUGAGCAGUUCCAGUGCACUGCGGACAGGGGGCGCCACAGCAGGUUUAGAUCAGAGAGGAGUGAAAAGUUGGAGUAGAAGCAGGAGAAGUAGAAGACCGAAUUUACCAUCAAUCACCACCACAAGCUGUCCUCGCGCUCUGUUCCACACUGACGGAACUGACGUGGUUACUAAUCACACAGCGCGAGACUCUCAGUCACAACAUGGUGGAACGGUGUUCAGUCUGGAGGUGUUGGUGUCUCUCCUCAGACAGGAGAACGCAGUGGAUGUUUGUGUUAUUCGGGUACCAGAGGAACUGAAGUACACUCAGUAUUUUAUUGUAGUGAGCGGCUCUUCAACACGUCACCUCCGAGCCAUGGCGGAGUACGCCGUUUCUGUGUAUAAGUUCCUGAAGAAAGACGGUGAUGCUCAUACUCGCAUCGAGGGGAAGAACUGUGAGGACUGGAUGUGUGUGGAUUUUGGGUCGAUGGUGGUGCACUUCAUGCUUCCUGAGACCAGGGAAAGACUUGAUUUGGAGACACUUUGGACACUUCGAGAAUACAAUCAACAACACAACAUUAUUCCACCACACACACUUCCUCAUGAUUUCGUACUCACACACACACACAUUGUUAGUUAGAGAACAUGUGACCAAUUAAAACCAUCCUUGUGAACAGAGAUCAGUGUCUGUGCACCUAUCAUGUCAUUACUAGAGUGGCCAACAGAGGGAGCUGCUCAAUAUAGCAUUUACACGCUAAUAAGCCUGAACAUUAGGACCACACACCUCUAAUAGGUGAGCACGGAUACAUGGACUCCACAAGACAUUAGAAUGAGUCCUGUGGUAUCUGGUAUCAGAACUCUACCAGCAGGUCCUUCAAGCUCUGUUGUGAGGUGGAUCAUACUAGGGUGCAUCCUGGUUCCAUCUCUUUCACUGGUGAGCGAUGCAAACUUCUGCUUCUCUAACGUCCAUCUGAGCAGUCGACCUUCUAAUGCUUCACCUCCAGUUGGAGGAGCUUUGGAUGGUGGACAGGAGAUGCAUGGGUACUCUGACUGGCACAGAAGGGUUGGGUGCACUGUGUGCUGUGCCACAUUCACCUUAUCACCAGGAUUAAGAUCUUCUGUUGGUUCAUAACAGACGCCACAGACAUCAAGACCUCUGGCUCAUCCCUCCAUGGACCACUGUGGGUGGAGACUCACCAGGACUGACUGACCUUGACCCUGAGCUACCCCCCAUCAGCCCGACAUCUAAUAGAUCCCUCAGAUACAGAUCCCUCACAUACAGAUCCCUCAGAUACAGAUCCCUCAGAUACAGAUCCCUCAGAUACAGAUCCCUCACCCUCACAGGCACCAGUGAUGGAGAUUGCUAUGCAUUUGGUUGGGGGUCAUUCUAAACGAGUUAAUCGAGCUAAACGAGUGAUCAUUUCCAUGGUAACUGCUGAACAGCGCAGUGGUUAAAACAUUCACCUGUAAUUAAUCAUGCUGGUUCAGAAUAAAGUUCAUAUCAACAAACAACAA